AUGGACACAUGGGCGGGAAGAAAGCUGAGAUUAGACUCCAAGCUGGCCAAAUCUCGUUUAAUUUACCUCAACCAGCCCCAGAAGAACAAUUUCUGUAAGAACUACAUCAGAACGGCCAAAUACAGCGUGUGGUCCUUCCUCCCUCAGUACUUGUACCUGCAGUUCAGCAAAGUUGCCAAUGUUUUCUUCCUCUUCAUUGUCGCCUUGCAGCAAAUUCCAGACGUCUCCCCAACAGGAAAGCACACAACAGCGGUGCCUCUGAUGAUUAUUCUUAUAGUGUCAGCCAUCAGAGAGAUCAUGGAAGAUUACAAACGACAUAAGGCAGACAGACUAAUUAACUUAAAGAAAGUAGCAGUGCUCCGACGAAACACCUGGCAGAUGAUUACGUGGAAAGAGGUGAAAGUGGGAGACUUUGUGAAGGCCUUAAGCGGACAAUACCUACCAGCAGACAUCGUCCUGGUUUCUUCCAGUGAACCUCAGUCGAUGUGUUAUAUUGCAACAGCUAACCUGGAUGGAGAGACAAAUCUAAAAAUUCGGAAGGCCGUGCCGCAGACAGCCAACAUGCAAAGGAGAAAACAAUUAUUAAGCUUAUCUGGUGAAAUAGAAUGUGAGCAACCGAAUCGUCACUUCAAUCAUUUUAUGGGAACCCUGUACCUCUCUGGCGAAAGCCCUGUUCCGAUCGGGCCUGACCAGGUCUUGCUAAGAGGCACCCAGCUUAGAAAUACUCGGUGGAUCUUUGGCAUCGUUGUUUAUACUGGACACGAAACCAAAUUCAUGCAGAACUCAGUCAGAUCGCCUCUCAAGACGUCAAACGUCGAGAAAGUGACCAACCGGCAGAUCCUGCUCCUCUUCUUCCUGCUCCUGGCCAUGGCCUUGGUGAGCUGUGUGGGGGCGGUGCUCUGGAGCAGCAGCUACGAGGACGCCUGGUACACCAGGACGAACGAUUUCACCUAUGGCAGCUUUGGGUUUGACCUGUUGGUGUUCAUCAUCCUGUACCAUAAUCUCAUUCCCAUCAGCGUGCUGGUGACCCUCGAGAUUGUGAAGUAUAUUCAGGGUCUGUUUAUAAACUGGGACGAAGAUAUGCACUUUAAGGAGAACAACCUGUAUGCCAUGGCUCGGACGUCAAGUCUCAACGAAGAGCUGGGGCAGGUAAAAUAUCUAUUCUCCGAUAAAACAGGCACCCUUACUUGCAAUAUAAUGACGUUUAAGAAGUGUACCAUCGCGGGCAUACUGUAUGGGUAAGUGCUCCGGGGCUGUCCUGUAGGGGACUCUCUAUGGCCCCCUCCCAGGGAGGGGGAAGAAUUUAAUGACCCAACAUUGAUGAAGACUUUGGAGAGUGGGCAUCCCACGGGAGAGUACAUCAAGGAAUUCCUGACCCUGUUAUGUGUGUGCCACACCGUGGUUCCCGAGAGAGAUGGAGAUGACAUCAUUUACCAGGCUUCUUCUCCAGACGAAGUGGCCUUGGUGAAAGGCGCAAAGCAGCUGGGCUUUGUUUUCACGACGAGGACCCCCUACUCUGUCACCAUGGAAGCUAUGGGGGAAAUGCUCACCUUCAAAAUUCUCCACGUCCUGGAGUUUUCCAGUGACCGGAAACGGAUGUCCAUAAUUGUCCGAACGCCUACGGGGCAGCUCCGGCUCUACUGCAAAGGCGCUGACUCGGUGAUUUAUGAGAGACUUUCCAAAGACUCUUUGUUCGUGGAGGAGACGUUGAGUCACCUGAAAUACUUCGCCAUGGAAGGUCUGAGAACCCUCUGUGUUGCUUACACUGACCUCACGGAGCAGGACUACAAGAAGUGGCUGCAGGAGUACCAGAAAGCGAGCACCCUUGCCCACGGGAGAAGUCAGAGGAUUGAAGCAUGUUACGACACCAUUGAGAAGGGGUUCUUGCUGCUGGGCGCCACUGCUAUCGAGGACCGCCUCCAGGCGGGAGUCCCAGAGACCAUCGAGACUCUCCUGAAAGCAAACAUCCGAAUCUGGGUCCUGACAGGAGAUAAACAAGAAACAGCAAUCAACAUAGCGUAUUCCUGCAAACUGAUAUCAACUCACAUGCCUCUCAUUCAACUGAAUGCACACUCAUUUGAAGUAACACAAGAAGCCAUUGGCCAGAAUUGUAACGAUCUUGGACCCUUGUUAUAUCAAGAAAAUGACCUGGCCCUAAUCGUUGAUGGUGAAACCUUGAAGUAUGUUCUCCAUUUUGAAAUUAAGAAGAACUUCCUAACCUUAGCCCUCUCGUGUAAAACAGUACUAUGUUGUAGGCUGUCCCCCCUGCAGAAGGCUGAGAUUGUCAACAUGGUCAAGCAUCACGUAAAGGCGAUUACUCUCGCGGUGGGCGACGGGGCCAACGACGUGGGCAUGAUCCAGACUGCCCACGUGGGCGUGGGCAUCAGCGGGAACGAGGGCAUGCAGGCUACCAACAACUCCGACUACGCCAUCGCCCAGUUUAGCUACUUACAGAAGCUUCUGUUGGUUCACGGGUCUUGGAAUUACAUCCGCGUGACCAAGUGCAUCUUGUACUCUUUCUACAAGAACAUGGUGCUGUACGUUAUUGAGCUUUGGUUCGCCUUCCUCAGUGGGUUUUCCGGGCAGAUUAUCUUUGACCGUUGGUGCAUCAGUUUGUACAACGUGAUCUUCACCUCGUUGCCUCCGUUUGCUCUGGGAAUCUUCGAACGGUGCUGCAGCCAGGAGAGCUUGCUCAAGUACCCGCAGCUCUAUUCCGUCUCACAGGAAAAGAAGGGGUUCAACACGAAGGUGUUCUGGUUUGAAUGUAUGAACGCCGUGGGACAGUCAUUGGUCCUCUUCUGGUUGCCCAAACAGAUGCUGGAGCACGAUAUGGUCGAAGGAGGUGGUUACACGACGGAUUAUUUGUUCCUUGGGAAUUUUAUUUAUACGUACGUCAUUGUUACUGUAAGUCUGAAAGCUGGUCUGGAGACCUUGUCUUGGACUAAGUACACUCAUGUUGCCAUCUGGGGGAGCAUCGUGACCUGGAUGCUGUUCUUCUCCGUGUACUCCUACUUCUGGCCCACCAUUCCCGCCUCUCCGGAAAUGAGUGGACAGAUCAACAUGACCCUGACAUGUCCGCACUUCUGGCUUGGCUUGCUUAUUGUCCCCACGAUUUGCCUGGUUCAAAAUGUACUGUGGAAGUCGGUCAGAAAUACCUGUAAGAAAACGCUGCUAGAGGAGGUUCGGGAGCUAGAGAGCAGCAAAAUCAAGAGCCAAGAAAAUUAUCUCCGCAGAAAUUUCGAAAGCAGGGUGAAGGCAGAGCAGCGGCUCUCUGCGCACAGCCAGGCCCAUGAGAUCGUCUUCCAGAACAGCUCUGCGGACCAGCGGCAGCCAUAUGGGUACGCAUUCUCCCAGACAGAACAGGCUCUGAUCACACAGGAGGACGUCGUCCGGGCUUACGACACCACAAAGGCCAAGGCAAGGAUGAGCAGCGACUUCGACCCCAUGUAA